AUGAAAUUCUUGAUCCUUGUAUCCUUAAUUGGUUGUGCGUGUGCCGCUCCUGGUGGUCUGUUUGGAGGCCAUGGCAUUUCGUAUGGGGCUCCAGCCAUUGCGGCGGCCCCUGCCAUUAGUUAUGCUGCUCCUGCUGUCAGUUAUGCUGCUGCUGCCCCCGUGGUAGCCGCGGCCCCGGCCGUUAGUUAUGCUGCUCCCGCUGUUAGCUAUGCUGCCCCUGCUGUACAAGUUGCUGCCGCUCCAGCUGUUGUUAAGGCUGUGGCUCCCGCGGCCACAAGUUAUUCCACAUUUACCUCGGUUGUCAACCAUCCAGCCACCAUUAAGGCCGUUGCCGUUGCCGCCCCAGCCGUUAAAGUAGCUGCUGCCCCAGUUGUGGCCGCUGCUCCCGCCAUCUCCUAUGCUGCACCAGCCGUUAAAGUUGCCGCUGCUCCUGUUGUGGCCGCCGCCCCUGCCAUUUCCUAUGCCGCCCCAGCCAUUAGUUAUGCCGCCGCUGCACCAGCCAUUUCUUUGGGCUAUGGUGGUUACGGCGGUUAUGGCUAUGGUCAUCACUAG